AAGGAAGGAUUCAGACAGAGGAAAACAUGAGUUUUUGUUUCAUUUUAAGUAGUUUACUAACAUAUUUGAUCAUCUAUAAAAAAGGGUAGAGAUGAAACUGUCUGUAGUUGGUGGUAAUUAGACUUAAACUGUCUGGAAAGGUCUUCUGAGGAAAGAUCGUGGGGCAAUAAUUAUCACAGAGCAGAUGUUGAUUUUAUUAAAAUCCAUUUACUAGGAAGAGUAAGGCACGGACCAUCUGGCAUCCGCAGCUCCAACACUGUGUCUUCCCUCAAGCUGUGACUCACUUUUAAGAUUUUCAGGGAAGUGGAUGUGGUUUAAACUGGCCUUACUGUUUCUUGGCUACUGGCUCAACCAACCCUUUAUUCAACUAACACUGGCCUGACAGGGGCAGCUGCUGUGUGGGUGCUGAAAGUGCAAAGGUGAAUAGUCUGGGCAGGUGUCGUAGGGGCUGCACUGAGCAGGUGAUGGUGAGGAAAUGUGGUCAGUACUGAAGCAGGGCUCACAGAAGACUGUAGGGAGGAGGCAAUGCUUAUGUAGGACCUUGGAGGAAGGUCUUCCAGUUUGGCUUCCCUGCAUCCACUCUUGCUCUCCAGCCAGCAUAAAUCUGAUCCUGGCAUUCCCUGGUUUAAAACCCUUUUGUGCCUCUCUGAUCUCUCUCUCUUUUUUAUAAAGAUUUUAUUUAUUCAUUUGAGAAAGAGAGUGUGUGAGCACACCAGCAGGGGGGAGGGGCAGAGGGAGAAGGAGAAGCAGACUCCCUGCUGAGCAGGGAGCCCAAGGCAGGGCUCGACCCCAGGACCCUGAGAUCAUGACCGGAGCCGAAGGCAGAUGCUUAACCGACUGAGCCACCCAGGCGCCCCUUGUGCUGCUUUGAUCUUAAGAUAAAAACCAGAGUCCUUAAAAUGGCCCGCUGGACCUUGCAUGAUCUGUCCCUGCCUGUCUUUCCAACCUCAAGUACCCUAACUCAUCCUUUGUUGUCUUUCUCUUCUUUAACAUGCCUUGCACUGCAAACUCUGGUACUGUGUGUGCUGGUCUCUACCUGGGUCACUCUUUCCCUCAUGUUUCAUCCCUCCCUUUGCCCAGCUAACUUCUACCAUACUUCAGAGCUCAGUUCAAAUGGUGGUUCUUCAGGAAGCCUUCUCUGACCAUCUCCUUCUCCCACCUCUCCUUAUAUAGGGUAAGGUCCCCUUAGGAUAUGUUGUCAUACAAUAUAUCCCUUGUACUCCUUUACAGAAAAAUUAAAAUAAAAUGGAUAUUUGUGAAAUUAUCCGUUUAAUGUUUCUCUUCCCAACUAGUCUGUAAGGGCUCUGGAGGCAGGAACUUUUUGUCUUAUUCACCAUGUAUCUGGGUGGCUGUGUGCUCUUGGGUAAGUUGUUUAACCUUUCUAAGUCUUGGGCCGUCGGUGGUAAAAAGAAGGGGUUUUAUGCAGAUUAAGGAAAACCCAGGAUUAUAACGAAGUUAGCAGCAGGCAUGGUACAUUGUUCGUAAUCAUUCAGGUGAUAAUAGGAUAUGUGAAUCUGGUUAUCAGAAGAGAGAUCUGGAAUAGAAAUAGAGACUUGGAAAUCACUGAUGGAUACAUAGGUGGGUGGUAGCUGAGACCAUCAGUGCAGGUGAACUUGCUAGGGUAAGUGAACGUGGAUUGAGAAGGGAAGAGAAUCCAGGGGUACUAAUGCUGAGGAGAUAGCUGGUGGGAGAGGAGUGAGAGCAAGAAAAUGGAAAAGAGCAGCCAGAAAGAUGGGUAAGGAACCAAAAGGAAGGGAUGUGGGGAAGCGGGUAAGGAGAAAGGUACGAGGUGGAGGGAAGAGUCAGGACUACCAAAUGCCAGAGAGGUCUAACGAGACAGGGCCCAAAAAACAGCUACAGAAUUUUAUUUUCCAACCAGGAAGUUUGAAGUAUGUUUUUAUAGUCAGCGUUCAGAAUGCCUUUAGAGAAUGGUAUGGAUGGAUCCUGUAUUUGAUUUCUUCAGAGUCCUAGCUCUGGCUUCCAUCAGGUCAAGCUUUAUGAAUAAUCUGGGAAAGCUCUUAAAAUCAGUACAUUCUGGAGAAUAUUACUUGACAGCGCAUCACAGGCUAGUGGCAAGAGCGUUAGGGCUGUAGGUUCCUAUGUGAGUGCACCUGAAGUUCCAGCCACCAUUUAUUGAGGCCUUCCGUGCACUGUUACAAGACCUCGUCUUACCCUUCCCAGGUACACCUUGACCCCCCCUGGAGACAGCCCCUGUGCUCGGGUUGGCCACAGCUGUUCAUAUUUACCCCCAGUCGGUGAUGCCAAGAGAGGGAAGGUCUUCAUUGUUGGGGGAGCAGAUCCAAAUAGGAGCUUCUCGGAUGUGCACACCAUGGAUCUGGGAACUCACCGAUGGGAUUUGGCCGCCGCAGAGGGCCUCUUGCCCCGUUACGAGCAUGCCAGUUUCGUUCCCUCUUGUGCACCUCAUACCAUCUGGGUGUUUGGAGGUGCUGACCAGUCAGGAAAUCGAAAUUGCCUACAAGUUCUGAAUCCUGAAACCAGGACCUGGACCAUGCCAGAGGUGACCAGCCCUCCACCAUCCCCAAGAACAUUCCACACAUCCUCUGCAGCCAUUGGAAACCAGCUGUAUGUCUUUGGGGGCGGAGAGAGAGGCGCCCAGCCCGUGCAGGAUGUGAAGCUGCAUGUGUUUGACGCAAACACCCUGACCUGGUCACAGCCAGAGACAUUUGGAAAACCUCCAUCCCCCCGGCAUGGUCAUGUGAUGGUGGCAGCGGGGACACAGCUCUUCAUCCAUGGAGGCUUGGCAGGGGACAAGUUCUAUGAUGAUCUCCAUUGCAUUAAUAUAAGUGACAUGCAGUGGCAGAAGCUAAGUCCCACUGGGGCAGCUCCCACAGGCUGUGCUGCCCACUCAGCUGUGGCUGUGGGAAAACACCUGUAUAUCUUUGGAGGGAUGACUCCCACAGGAGCACUGAAUACAAUGUACCAAUAUCACAUAGAAAAGCAGCAUUGGACUUUGCUUAAAUUUGAUACUUUUCUACCCCCUGGACGAUUGGAUCAUUCCAUGUGUGUCAUUCCAUGGCCGGUGAUGUGUACUUCCGAGAAAGAAGAUUCAAAUUCUGUUACUCUGAACUGUGAUACUGAGAAAGGGGAUUCCACCGACAAAGGAGUGACCCAAGGUGGUGACUCACAUGAGGAAAGUCAAACUGACACACUGCUCUGUUUUGUGUUCGGUGGGAUGAAUACAGAAGGGGAAAUCUAUAAUGACUGUAUUGUGACUGUAGUUGACUAAUAAAUUCCACAUUUUUAUUAAAUGACAAACGUUCAGAAAAGUUCAAUAAAACCUUAGCUGUUUUAUAACUCCAAAA